AUGAAUGAUGAAGAAUUCGAAGCUGCUGGUCAGCAAUUGAUUAAAUAUGUGAUUGAUUAUCACAAGAAUAUCAGGGAACGUCGCGUCAUGCCUGAUGUGCGACCCGGUUUCAUGCGCAAACUCCUACCCGAUCAUGCCCCACAUACACCAGAAAAAUGGGACCAGUUAUUCAAAGAUAUCGAACGUGUCAUUAUGCCAGGGGUUGCCCACUGGCUUCACCCACAUUUCUACGCCUAUUUCCCAACGGCAAAUUCUUAUCCCUCCAUCUUAGCUGACAUUCUCUCUGAUACAGUUACUUGUGUCGGAUUCAGCUGGGCUUCCUGUCCAUCUUGUACAGAAUUAGAAGUUAUUGUAAUGGAUUGGCUGGUUAAAGCGAUGGAUCUUCCUGAAGUUUUCCUAUCGACAUCUCCAGGACAUGGCGGUGGGGUGAUUCAGGGGUCUGCCAGUGAAGCCACUCUUGUUGCUGUUUUGUCGGCAAGAACCAAGUUCUUAAAUGGAAUCAAAGAGAAAAAUCCCGGCAUCAAGGAUGGUGUGGCGCUCACUAAACUGGUUGCAUACAUGUCAAGACAGUCACAUUCUUCAGUAGAACGGGCAUAUAUGAUUGCUUUGGUCAAUUAUCGAAUCCUAGACACUGAUGAAAAGCAAGCGUUACGUGGUGAUAUUCUAAAGGCGGCCAUCGACGAAGACAGGGCGAAAGGAUUGACGCCAUUUAUUGUAUGUGCCACAUUGGGUACUACAUCUUCCUGUGCGUUUGACAACUGUAAAGAAAUUGGACUUGUUUGCGAACAAGAAAAUAUUUGGAUGCAUAUUGACGCUGCCUAUGCAGGCAGUGCCUUCAUUUGUCCAGAAUAUCGGCCACUUUUGAAUGGUGUGGAACACGCCGAUUCCUUUAACUUCAAUCCACACAAAUGGCUGCAGGUGACAUUUGAUUGUUCAGCCAUGUGGGUGAAGAACAGCAACGACUUAAUCCAAUCGUUCAGAGUCGAACCUUUGUACUUGAAAUACGAGAAUGAAAAUGAAGGAAUCAUGCCAGAUUUCAGACAUUGGCACAUUCCUAUGGAACGACGAUUCCGGUCUUUGAAACUUUGGUUUGUAUUAAGAUUAUUUGGCGUGAAAGGCCUUCAAGAUAUCAUACGAAAGGAUAUAAGAGUCGCUCAUAAAUUCGAGGAAUACAUCAGAAAUGAUCCAAGAUUUGAAAUUUUCGGUGAAGUCAUCCUGUCGUUGGUUUGCUUCCGGUUAAAGGGUAGCAACGAAAUUAACGAAAAACUUGUUAAAAGGAUAAAUGAAGAUGGGCGAAUCUAUAUGGUUCCUUCCAGAGUGGACGACAUUUUCUGCCUGCUUUCUACAAUGCCAACUUACUUCCUGCUUCUUUCUAUCUAUCUAUCUAUCUAUCUAUCUAUCUAUCUAUCUAUCUAUCUAUCUAUCUAUCUGUUUGUGUCUGUCUCAGCCCGUUCUUAUCUAUCUUUGCCUUUCUCAGUCUGUUCAGAUUGUGUUGUCAAAAGAUCCAUAUAA